CUUUUGUCCUCUCGCUUUGCUCUUUACAAUCGCUACCACUUUGAGGAAAAUUUAACAUUUUUCUUUCGUUCCGCUUAGAGCAUGAGGAUCACAACGUCGUCGUCGUCGAGAAUCUGCAAGUGACUCCAAACAUUGCGAUAUUCUAGUCUAAUCGUUUUCGGACAGUAGUUCAAUUCGCGUAUCAAAGCAUUUCGAAACCCGGUAGUUAGUGUUUAUUGGUGACCGAAUUCAGAAAGGAGAGAGAUAUCAAAAGAUUUUCGGAAUUUUAAUCUAUCUCAGCGUUUUGUUAUUAGUGUGUGCAAUCAAGUGAUAUUAUUAAGGAAGAAGAAUGCCAAUAGAUAUCAGUAAGCGUCUGUGAUACAAACGUCCUCAAGUCCACGAUCGUGUUGCUCAGCUGCGUCCACAGGAACUAUUUUGAAGGUGUAACAUCUACGUCCUAGCGUGAUAAGGUCAGUGCAAAUAUACAAAAGAUUCGCGAUUUGCGAUGUACAGCGAACCAAGGCGUAGUGCCUUCAGUUAUGAAAGUGGUGGAGAUAAGGACAAAUGCUUUCCCUACUCCAUUAUUACGAAGCAAAAGCAGCCACUCCAGAUAAGACAACACCGAUACUAUCCGACGCAGCAGCUUCAUCCUGUUGUGACCCAGGGAUUUCGGAACUAUCAACGUUCGGUUACGCCACCUGUUACUCAUUCACCACUAUCCGUUCAGGGAGGAGCACCCUUCUACACAAACACGAUGGUAACCGACGUCGGAAUUUGCUUCAGCAUGAGCAACGUGAAUCUGAACAGUGAUUACCCUCCCUAUGUAGGACAUCCUUCGUUGUCCAUUCUCGGUAAAGGUUAUAACGAUCCUGCUCAAACAGUCAACUGUGCCCCACCUUCCAUAUCUAAAUUCCGUCCGACAUCCUCCAGCUACAAGGCUCGAAUCGUUACACCCCCCAACGGUGUUUCCAAGUGUUCGCCCCACACGCCACCAUCAACUUCUCCAUACAGCAUACCUUACUCUCCUUACUAUUUUGCCCAUCCCAAGAUCCCCAUCAAGAUCUACAACAACCGCGCCGCACCGUAUCUUCCGAUUCCAACCAAUUCGGCCUCGUCCGCCUCGGCAGCCGCAGCCUACGGGCAGCAGCUCAACAACUACUACCCAGCCGUUCCCGUGCCUACCGAAUGUAAACCGUUGUCCAAAAGCUGCAUAGCGAACACAAAACUCCGCAAAAAUGCUUCCAAAACGUUGAUGAACAACCAGUACUACGACAUCUGCCUGAGUAACUGUAACAAGGGUUUAGCCUCGUAUACGCCGCCUACAUUGGCGCAAUCUGACCAACAAGUUGCCAGUCCAGCGCAAUCUGAAAGUCCCAUAGACGUAGACGGAGAUGAACCGGACGUUCCCGCGGAAGAAAGUGAAGAAUAUGAGAUGGCUUGUGUGCCCCCGCUUCCGGACGAUGACGAUGACGUUGACGAGGCAACGGUAAACGAGCCUCAGGAUUUUAGCUUCAAAACACUUACCGCACGGCCGGCGGAUGAGACCUUGGAGGAAUGCUACCAAAGGACAUCGGCACCUCCACCUAAGAAGAAAUGGAUCCGGCAACAUAUGAAGGACGAACCCCUUGUUAACGGACAUUCCACAGCCCCACCGCUAGUUGUGAUAUCGACCAAUGCUAGCAGCAGCACCCUUCAGAAGCACCAUGCCGUCUCUUCCCUCACGAUUGAUCUCUCGACCAAAAGCAACAGCAACAGCAGCAGCAGUAGCAGUAGCACCGGGAUCAUCGGGCACCGGUUGUCCAGUACGCCCCCCUCGUCCGGGUGUUCGUCGUCGUCGUCGACGCUUACCAUCUCGCCGGUGGACGAUUCGCAGUCCUCGCUGAACCUGAGCGGUGGCUCCACCAGCGGUUACAUCACCAGCCACAGCGCCAACAGUUCCAGCUCGCUUAAUCUGAGCGGGUCCUCGCCGUUGCCUGUCAACGGUAGCGUAAUAGCGACGUCACAUGGGUCCAACUCAUCGCCGUUGCCGCAUGAUCUCGUUAUCGUACAACAGCAGCAAAUCAACCAUCUAGUUCAGGCGGCUGCCGGCCAGACGCACCACGGGCUGACCAGUACGAGCACCCUGCUGAAUCACAUACCGACCGGCGGCCGGCGGAGGACCACCAGCUCGAACAGCAAUGGCAGCGUUGGUACAAGAGAAGUGCACAACAAGCUGGAAAAGAAUCGACGGGCUCAUUUGAAGGAGUGCUUCGAGCAGCUGAAGAAGCAGCUCACGCUCCAGCCGGAUGAGAAGAAAACGUCCAACCUGUCGAUUCUGGAUGCGGCCAUACGGUACAUCAAGCUGUUGAAGGUUAAAGAGCGCGAUUCCGAGCAUGAGAUGGAACGGCUGGCAAAGGAAAAAAUCGCCUACCAGAAUAGGAUACUGGUGCUCAAGCGUGAACUAUCGCAAUGGAGGGACGUUAAUACUUCCCCCCUCGCGCCUGACACCGAUGCCAUUCCCAACAGCAGCAAUGGGGGAACCGUCAGCAUUGUGCAAUCAGAUCGAGAUUUGUUAAACGACCUCCCAGGUCGGAACGGUAUUCGCUACAGUUCGUCCAGCUCUCUGUCCAGUGUUGCCACAACUGCCUCCAUCGGAAAUCUACCGCUGCAGACUACCAUCUCACCGGUGCUGAUAGCGGCUUCAUCGCCAAGCCGUGCUAGUCCUCCGUCUUUGUCGACGAAUCGGAAUUCGAGUUCACCUGCCAGCGGAAGCAUGCCAAUGCCACUGUCUCUCACGACUAGGGGCACUACCGCGAUAGUCUCGGAAACGCACAACAGUACCCCCUCGUCGCUCAAGUUCAGCACCACCAGCCUUCCAAAUGGGCUGAACCUCAGCACCACCACCAACGGACUCAGCAACGGAGGAAGCUCUUCCAGUGGAAGCAACUGCAGCACUCCCAGCAGUACCACCGGUGGGGCAAUCGUUACCAACGGUAUCAAUGCAGCAUCACUGCCGUUGAUUGUUAAUGCCAACAACCUAAGCAGUCUCAGUCAAUCCCAACUGUUUACCCCGGUUACAGCGACAAUCCUGACGACCGGUAAUGGCACUGCAAUUCAGACACUGCCACUGAACCUGAACGUCGCUUCCAGCAUUUCCAACGGGCAUCACCUGUCGGCGUCGGUAUCGUCAACGUCUUCGCCAUCCAUUAUCAGCACGUCCAAUGGAUUGACCAACUCUUCUGGUUUGCAAAUCAUUGGAACCACCGCUAAUGGAACGACUAUUCCGGCCAAUUUGAUCAGUUCCACCACCGGCAAGGAACUGCUUAACGGUACCACUCUGACCAAAAACGGUUUCCGCACCGACAGCAACAAGAUUGAGAUUAUCGCUACCCAAUCAGCGGCUGGUUCCGCACUAGAACCUCCAGCAACGAAAGUGAUCAAGCUGGUAAACGGCAAUACGCUCGUCGGAGUGACUUCAAUUGAUAAAGACAAAAUGAUGUUGUCGCAAGUCGUCCCACAAGGUGGCCUCGUGGUUAGUCCAAUUCAGUUGUUAACUUCCCCGGGUCUUCGUGUAAUUCAGCAAGCUCCCAACGGAUUGGCCACCAUCGAGCUCAGCACUGCAGCUAAUGUGCAGCCGCAGUCAAACCAAGUUCAACGUACCACCGGUGGUAGUAGUUUCCACAGUUCCACCAACAACCUAUCGCAUUUAACCUCCACCACCAGUCAGCCAUCGAAUCAAUCAAUUAGCAGUAAUCACAACCACCUCCCGCAACCCACCAACAUCCACACGAUGACCAACGCGCAGCUGCACAAACUGCUCAUGAGUUCAUCGACCGGGUCCAGCAAUAACGGCAUCACCACGAUAUCGUCCACCGGCUCGUUGGCGGGAUACAGCAACGGUAGUUCGCCCACGACGACCAUCACCUCCGAGCUGGCGCGGCUCCCCGGGGGCGCCGAGCUUAACAUAUUGCCGGCCGGUACGAACGGUGCCACGGCACUGCCCCUGUAUAGGGCCACCACCGGGCAAGGAGGGAAGCUUACGUUCGUGAAUGCGAUCUCCACCGGCAGCGGUACCGGACUGACUCUAAAAGGUACCGAUAAUUCCACCGGAACGGGUCGCACGACCGCUCUCCAUGUAGUGACACCCAUCCCCAAUUCAGCACAGCUGUCGGGCCUUACGCCGGUUGUGGUCUCUCGGUACGACCAGGAUGCUCCAAGCCACAUGAUCGGUCCAUUUACAACCUCUGCGGCCGCCACCGGUCCUCCCCAAACCACCCAGUUGGGAAAGAUGGCCAAAGCGGCGGGACAGUCCGCUGUGAGUGGUUUGCCGCUGCUUACGACCACUCCGAACGCUGGGUAUUUCAACACCAACUGCAGCAGCAGCAGCAACAGUGAUUAUAGUGGGCACAGUUCCGGUCCGACGCCCGGUCUAGUGCUGCUUGACAGCAACCAGAGCCAUUGAAUGGCGCCAUCAUCGUCGGUAGAAGUUGCAACGAGAGUAAAGACGUCAUACCCAACGCCAUCCAGGUGUCUCAGAAUGUUUUUAGAAAAGCAGGACGGCUCUGGGUGAUCAACGGUUUCGAAUAUCAGCAGACAGAAGGCUAGUUGAGUAACAGUUUAGAGGAAAAGAGUUAAAAACUAAUGAAUGUGCUUAUGAGUAGUUUUGGAUGGUACUGUGAAAUUAGAUUUUGAAAAUUAGCAGAGGAAAGCAAUAUAAAUUUUUUAUAAUUCAAAAAUGUAUAAAGUUUUAGGUAUAUCUAAAAUAAACGAUUAUAAUUUUUAUUUCGGAACAAAUAUUGAAAACUUAGAAUUUGUUUUAAAACUUUGUGAUCUGGCAAUAUUUGCCAUUUCAUGUACAUUAUACAAAACACAAUCCAUACUAUACACCUUUAGAAGAAGAAUUGCCAUUAGCCCCUUUUAGGUUCAAAUUACAUGCGGUUUCAACUUGCGAUCAAUACGUCAAUUGUGUGUAGUAAAGGCUUGUUUAUUUACAUACAUAUCCCUUUUUAACCAUUUGCAUCUGCAUCACAGGGAGAUAGUGAUUAGUUCGUAGAAUGGUGGAAAUAAAUGUGGCACAUAAUACAAACUUGUUUUUCCAUGAUACUUAUACGUUUGUUACUGAUCCUGAAAACAAUUUUGUACUAGUCCUUUUAUUUCUACAUCUUUAUAUUUACCUAGACAACAUCGACUUUUAUUGUAAGGUCGACAGACAUUCCACUAAACAAGCUUAAUCGGAAAUAAAAAACAUGUUCGUUUUUUUAUUUCAGUUUGAUUAUAUUUUGUUUAGAAUACAGUGUUCUAAGUCAUAAAAUCUAUGGGUUAAAUUGAAAGGCUGAUAAUGAUUUUGAUCUUGAGUUUAAAACGGCGAUCCCUCGCUGUUAUCAAACCAUUUUGAUCUCCCGAUAAAAACAGCAAAAAGAAUACAGUCGCAACACAACUGCCUCUGGACUACACGCGAGUAACAACUGCUGAAUGAUAUGGUUUCGUCCAAAAACUGUUUCAAAUUUCAAAAUAUGUUGUUCAAAAUUUUUAUCGAGAUUUACGAAUAAUUACAAGAUCCGAUUAUAUCCAUCCAACCAGAUUUCUAUUCAUAUGAGUCAAUUUUCCAUUAUUGUCAAAUGAAUGACUAUAAAGGACCCUCUUACUUCUACCUUACUUAGGGACUAGGAUGGGAUGGUUAAAACCGCAAGUAAAAGGGCCAAUGGCGAUUUUAGAUUUCAUUUUUAACCUCUUUUAUGCUCUAUUGGUUUAUAAAAUUAGAACAACAUCAACUAUCUGGAACAGAAAAAAAAACGAGAGAGAAAAGUACGAGACAGUUACAACAACCGAUUUUUCUGAACAUUUUUCUAAACAAAAAACCAAUUGAAAUUCCUAUCUUGUGGACCCUAAUAUAGUUCCGAGCCCUUUUUAAGCUAUCGGAAAUAAAUAGUGGCAAAAUUGCAAGCAGAGAACGUGGAAUAUUGCUAUUCUAUAUUAUUGUAAACGAUAAAAGAAAUCAUAAACCUAAAACUACAAGAAACACAAACCCAUACACGAACACUUCUGUAUUUAAUUCAUAAUUUCGUUAGAACAAACUGUAGCUCAAUUUUAUCUUUUGUUUUUAAUUAAAAACGUUUUUCUAACAAUAAAACGAUACAAAUCAAAACAAGGAACCACAAAAAUAACAUGUUUCUAAAUGUGUAGACCACAAAAUGGUAAAGUUUAUAAAACUAAGCUAAAUGAGAAAAAAAAAUCAAACUCAAAAGAUGAGUAGAAGUAACAACAAACUCAUUUUAUUGUAAAUAUUUCAAGCUACAAAAGGCAAUUGUAAAAUAAACAUCAAAUCAUACUCAUACACACACAUACAGACAAUAGUCAUGGAAGGACCGACCACCAAUCUUGAUUCUUCCACAGCUAAGCACUGGACAAAAACAAUGAACACAUCCUCACACAAAAACACACAUACAUAUAUGACAUGGUGGAGAAUAAACAAAAAAGCACACACACACACUUUCACACGUGAUGUACAGUAUUUAAUCGAGAGAACGUGAAGAACUUAGUACUAAAAAUCGAAACAAGAAUAAGACAAACAAUACACUACACUUUACUAAUUGUGUCUGUGAACUGUAAAAAAGAGCAUUAGGAAGCAUAAAGCGAAACUCAUUUGUGCAAGGUACAAACAAACAAAACAAAAAAAAACUAAUCAAAGAGAGUGAGUGUUAGAUCACUGAGCGAAUGAGAAAAACAAAUAAAGGUAACAAGGAAAGAAAGAAACACACAAAACUCCUUUGGAGUUUUUUAGAUUGUCUGUCCAGGGCAGAGCUAACAGACAGCAUAAGGGAAUGGAUAGCUGGAGAUCGAAAGCGAAACACACAAACAAAACAAGUGAGAAUGAUUAGUAAUAGGAUGAAAAAAAAACUAUGAAUGGAAUAUCGAAAAAAAAGAACAAAAUUAAAAUGUAUUUGAAAAGAAAAAAAAA